AUGGAAAAUAAGAAUGCGGCUGAAGAGCCGUUAGAAAGACCAAAUGUCAAAGAAGUCAAGAGGGAGUCACCUAAAGAUGAGGUCAAGGUUAAGGUGCAAAAUCAAGGACAAAGACCAGUAAUUGUUCCUGCUACAAAGCCUAAUAUUAGAUAUAGUCUUUUGAAGACAGGUAUUUGUUAUGAUGUACGGAUGCGGUAUCACGCCAAGAUAUUUACAUCCUACUUUGAGUAUAUCGACCCACAUCCGGAGGAUCCAAGACGUAUCUACCGUGUGUACAAGAUUCUUGCGGAAAAUGGGUUGAUCCAGGAUCCUACUUUGAGUGGUGCGGACUCAAUUGGUGAUUUAAUGGAGAAGAUUCCUGUGCGUGAGGCUGAAGAAGAGGAGAUUCUACAGGUCCAUUCUAGGGAACACCUCGAAUUUAUAACGAAAACCGAGCAAUUAGAACGCGAGAGGCUCUUGAAGGAAACUGAGGGCGGCGAUUCAGUCUAUUUCAACAACGACUCAUUCCUCAGUGCAAAGCUUUCCUGUGGUGGUGCCAUCGAGGCCUGUAAAGCGGUAGUUGAGGGACGUGUGAAGAAUUCCAUCGCAGUGGUCAGACCUCCUGGUCAUCAUGCUGAGCCAGAAGUGGCAGGUGGGUUCUGCCUUUUUAGCAACGUUGCUGUUGCUGCUGCCAAUAUGCUAAAGUCUUAUCCCGAGAGUGUUCGUAAAAUCAUGAUUGUGGAUUGGGACAUCCACCAUGGGAAUGGUACACAAAAGACUUUUUACGAGGACGACAGAGUCCUAUAUGUUUCCUUGCAUAGAUUCCAACUAGGUAAGUACUAUCCUGGUACCAUCCAUGGAAAUUACGACCAAACAGGUGAGGGUAAAGGUGAAGGUUUUAACUGUAAUAUUACUUGGCCAUCUGGUGGUGUUGGUGACGCAGAAUACAUGUGGGCUUUUGAACAAGUUAUCAUGCCCCUUGGCCGUGAGUAUGAACCAGAUUUGGUCAUAAUAUCAUCAGGAUUUGAUGCCGCGGAUGGUGACACAAUUGGUCAAUGCCAUGUUACACCUGCAUGUUACGGUCAUAUGACACAUAUGCUAAUGUCUUUGGCAAAAGGUAAUUUAUGCGUUGUAUUAGAAGGUGGAUACAAUUUGGAUGCCAUUGCUAAAUCCGCCCUUGGUGUUACGAAAGUUCUACUCGGAGAACCACCAGAUGAACUACCAAACCCUAAAAAACAGCCUACACCAGAAGCCAUCAAAAUAAUUGAAACUGUCAUCAAGACACAGUCGAAAUAUUGGACCUGCUUUAAAAACAGACACGGAAAUGAUGGAAUAAACUUCAAAGAUGCAGUCACGUCAUCGCUCGAUACAAGAAAUUUCCCGCUAUUAAAUGCCAUUAGGGAUUACCAAGUAAACCAACUGUCAUCCCAAUACGGCUUUUCCCAAUUGCCUAUCUUGGAUAUGGAUCUACCUGCUAAUACAAUGCUUUGUACCUCUGGCAUACAGGAUUCAGAUACUCUAAUUGUGAUUGUUCAUGACACUCCAGAAAUCUGGUCGGAACGGGAUUCACAAACUGGUAUUAUUGAUCCAUCCAGCUCUAUCAUUGUUGAUAAUGCCUUGAAAAUGAUUAAAUGGUCAAUUGAUAGAAAAUAUGGUAUAAUCGACAUAAACAUCCCACAAACUAUUUUUGAGCAAGCUAACUAUCCAGGGGUUGUAUCAUCUCAAGAAAUUCUAAUAUAUCUAUGGGACAAUUACCUAAAAUUCUUCCAAAAUUUACAGAAACUUGCAUUCGUGGGCAUCGGGGAUGCUUACGGAGGUAUUGUUCAUUUGCUGGGUCACAGAGACACGAGAUCGGUCGUUAAAUGUGCUAUAUCUUUCUUAGAUAAAAAACCAUUAAAGGUGAUGGUGCCGCUGAUUGACGAAUCUUUGGGAGAUUGGUAUUUCAAGAACUCUCUUGUGUUCACAAGUAACUCACAUUCUUGCUGGGGUAGCGCAGCAAAUGAUACUAAAAAGUUGAGAAAAAAGUAUGGACGGGUUUUAAAGGCGGAUUGUGAUGGUAUGACGAAUAUCUUUGAUGAACGUUUCGAAGAAGCUACCGAUUUUAUUUUGGAUUCUUUCGAGGAAUGGAGUGAGUCAGAAUAA